AUGGCGGAUAGAGAAAGAUUGUACGGAGAAAUGAUGUCCGCUGUGAUAGAGAGGAAUCUCAAUAGAUUAAAAGAAUUAAUUAGUGCUCUUCAUCCAUUCAAUUGGGAUAUUAAUGAAUUACACGAGAAUGCAAAUUUUAAUAGAAGAACUACAUUGUUACACAUGGCAGUAAUAACGAAACAGAGGGAGAUGGCAGAACUAUUAAUAAACUAUAAAGCUAAUGUAAAUGCUGUAGAUGAAAGAAAUUUUACUCCGAUGCAUGAGGCUGCUCUAAAUGACGAUUUAGAAAUAAUGAAACUACUUAUGGAUAAAGGUGCCAGGAUAGAAAAUCAGUACAAAUUAUUGUGCAUUGCUGCUAAAAUGGCUUCUAUAGAAUUUGUUGAGCUGCUUGUUGUUAUGGACGUUAAUGGACGAGAUACAGAUGGUAGCACGGCCAUACAUUCAUGUGUUCUCCGACAUCCCAUUAAUUAUGAAAUCCUUAAGCUUUUGAUCGUUAAUGGAGCUAAUAUUAAUGCAAGAAAUAAUUAUCGUAGAACGGCGCUUCAUGAAGCCGUCCGAGCCAAAGACGUAAAUGUCGUCAAGCUUCUGUUGGACUAUAAUGCGGAUGUUAACUGCGAAGAUGUAGACGGUACGACACCGCUUUAUACCUCUACAGUAUCUGGGGCAGUGGAAAUUUGUAAACUACUCGUGGAGAAAGGUGCAAAAGUGAAUAUCAAGAGCGAUAAAAGAUCAACACCGCUUCAUGUUGCUGCUUCGAUAGAUAAUCUGGAUAUCACAGAAAUUUUGUUACGUUCAGGUGCCGAUGUAGAUUGCGUUGAUGAACGUGGAAACACUGCGCUUCACCUUGCUUCUAUAAAGCCUCACGACCGUCUCACUGCGAUCCUUCUAAGAUACGGUUCUGACAUCAACAUCGUUAACCAAGAGAACCGUACAGCGUUAAAUUAUGCAUCAACAGAAGAAACUAAAUCACUUCUUAUUCUUUUGCAACACGUAAUAGCAUUGCGGGCUGCUGAGUUAGAUGUUCAUGCUUUAAACAUAGCUGUGAUUAACGAAGUAGAGUUUAAUAAUAAAACAUAUGAGGAAGAAUGUAACGAAGAAUUCGAGAGAAUGAAAAGGGAGAAAAUCAACAACACCAACAUUACCUUUUAUGAUAUUCUAACAGUAAGCAUAAAUGAAUUCGCGAGAAAUAAAGAUGUUGCCAACUAUUUAACACUAAACAAUUGCGAAACGGAGUUCCCUAUUUAUGGUAGUAUGAUAAAAAGUCGUUUUAGAUGGGGUGUGGAAAGAAUUAAGUUGAUAGAUGAAAGCAUUCGAGCUUGUCAGAAUUUAUUCAAGAAGUUUCAGUUUGAUAGAAUGUUACCCUCUACUUGCAGCGCACAGAUAUGUAACUAUCUUUGUAACGACGAUCUGAGGAGUCUGGGUAAUAUUAGGGAUCACAUGCUGGAGGAGUGUAUGAUGCAGGUGGAGGAGACAGAAACGAAAAUAGUACAUGAGAGAGUGAUAGAGAUUUUGGAUGGAAGAGGGGCAGGAAUGGGAUGGGUGAAGGAGUGGUUAAGGAUUAGAGAUGGAGAGGAGGAUUAG